AUGGCAUUAGAUCGACAACAACAAUCACAAAUGAUGAUGCCAAUGAAGAACUCAGGGUUAAUCGGCUAUAACAGGAGUCCCAUGAUCGGUGAUGAUGAAGAGGAAUUGUCGAAAUCAGCAUUGUUGGCUUUUAGGGUUAAAGAAGAAGAGAUCAAGAAGAAGAAAAUGGAGGUUAGGGAGAAGGUUCAUGCUCAGUUAGGACGUGUUGAAGAAGAAACCAAAAAGUUGGCUGAAAUCCGUGAAGAGCUUGAAGGACUGGAAGAUCCAAGGAGGAAGGAGGUGACAAGCGUUCGUAAGAAGAUUGAUUUGGUCAACAAAGAGUUAAAGCCAUUGGGACUAAGCUGCCAUAAGAAGGAGAAAGAAUACAGAGAAGCUUUAGAAGCUUUCAAUGAAAAAACCAAGGAGAAAGCUCAACUGGUAGCAAGAUUGAUGGAGUUGGUGACUGAAAGUGAAAGAGUGAGGAUGAAGAAACUUGAAGAAUUGAGCAAUAACAUUGAAUCCUUGGGUCAACUAAGAUGAUCAACAAAACAAUCAAGUGUUUUGUUAUAAUUACUAAUGCUUAUAUAACUCCUGAUUUUACUUUGUGGUAUUUUGAUGAUUUUUACUUCUAUUUUGGGUGUGUUUGUCAUUAAGCACUUGUUAAAUGAAUUAGCUCUAUCUUGGGUGUUGUUUGUCAUUAAACACUUGUUAAAUGAAGCUUUCAUGCAUUUAAAUUUUGUGCCCGCAAUGGGAC